AUGACCCAGAAUGCAGUGACCUAUGAUGAUGUGCAUGUCGACUUCACUUGGGAAGAAUGGACUUUGCUGGAUCCUUCCCAGAAGAGUCUCUACAAAGAUGUGAUGGUGGAGACCUACAGAAACCUUACUACUAUAGGAAUGAAAGAAGUCAAACUAGAGAGAAAACUUCUGUAUAUACUCAAUGUGUUAAAGCCUUUGCAUGUGACCAUCAUCUUCACAGGGAUGAAAAAACACAUACUAGAUUGAAACCCUAUGAAGGAAAUGAGUGUGGGAAAGCUUUUUCACAUUACCAUAGUCUUCAAAUGCAUAAAAGAACACAUGCUGGAGAGAAACCCUAUGAAUGUAAUCAGUGUGGUAAAGCCUUUGCACAGCACAGUUAUCUACGAAGGCAUGAAAGAACUCAUACUGGAGAGAAACCCUAUGAAUGUAAUCAGUGUGGUAAAGCCUUUGCACAGCUCAGUCAUCUUAAAAGUCAUGAAAAAAUCCAUACAGGAGAGAAACCCUAUGAAUGUAAUCAGUGUGGAUUUCCCAGAGAGGGCUCUAGAGCAUGGGGCCUCUCUGGAAGAAAUAACAGUUGCUGGAGGACAGGAGGAGUGGUGGGCCAAGGUGAGUAAGGGGCCAAUGUCCCCAGGAGGGAAAAGUGGCCACUCUUGGUGCACAGGGCUGCUCUCCCCAUGUGUGGAGGAGUGGCUGGGCUUGGCUAUUAAGGGGCCUCUGUCUCCAAAAUUUUAUUGUGAAUUUACAAAUGAAGUAAAACCUGUGCAAGAAUUGAGUUCAGUGACCAACUGUAAAGCCAGUGUAGUCACAUCAGAAAAAGAGAUGGGCAAGAAGAACAGUAAAAGCUUUCCUGCUAUGACAACAGUUGAUAUUAGCAGUAAUAGUAAUAGGAGCUGUAAGGAUAACCACAAGCCAUGCCAUGGUGAAUGUUCCCAGACUAGGAGAAACAUGUUGGCUGAGCUGUCAGAGCUGCUUGGACAGCGAUGA